UGCGAUUGUAUACACAAAGAACGAGUGCGACCCAAUAGACGACAAUAUAAACUAAAAUUAUUUAAAACGCACAUUUUCGAACUUACAAAUAAAAUAUUUAAAAAAAAAAAAGGUUUGAAUAUGCCUGAGGGAUUCCUAAAAAUCACCUACCACUAUGCACCUGCUGGUUCAGCGAAGAAACUGAAUAUAUUUGUGCCAAUGCCAUCCGAUCAAUUUGAUCAUUUGUAUUCAGAAAUUGAGAGGUACCUGUUUGAGAAGCGUGAUCUGCCUGUUUGCAAUUUUAGGAUAUAUUGGAUUGAUUCGGAUUCUGAUGAAAUUGAUCUCUCCAAUCAACGUGACUACGUAAUUUUCUUGGCAAAAUGCGAGAAGAAUAUGCAUUUGCAUAUUGCUAUCGAUGAUGAUCUCUCAAAUUUCAUUACUCAUAAGGGAAUAGAGUGCGAUUCAUGCAAGGCUUGCCCACUGAUCGGUUUUCGCUACAGGUGCAUGCAGUGUCCCAACUUUGAUCUGUGCCAGGCCUGCGAGUCGGCACACAAGCACCCGAAGCACUUUAUGGUGCGAAUACCCGCCAACCAACAUCGGGCCUAGAUUUGUUGAUGCCUGGAUAACUUACUCGCGCAAACAACUAAUGCACUUUGAUAGGGAUGCAGACGCGUGCUAGACAUUCGGACCAACAUCCUACAUUUGCACAAUGACAAUAAAUUCAUAAAAUGAUCACUUGCAUAUUUUUCAUUUCAAAGUGCAAACGACGGACAAGUGCGUUUCACCUGUUUUCAUAGACUGUGUCAACAAAUGACGAUCUAAUCAAAAAGAGCUUCAAUUUAUGUAUUUAACGGUUUGAUAAAACAUUAAUAACCUGCAUUUAAA